AUGAGUUUCGUGGACGCGAUCUCGGAGAAGAGCUUGAACCGAACGAUGGCGCUGACUGCAGCGCGCGGCCGUGGCAAGUCAGCAGCCCUUGGCCUGGCCAUCUCGGCGGCCGUGGCCUACGGCUACUCCAACAUCUUCGUGACGGCUCCAUCCCCGGAGAAUCUGAGCACCGUCUUCGAGUUCAUACUCAAGGGCUUCGAUGCUCUGGGCAUGAAGGAGCAUCAGGAGUAUGAGCUGGUACAAGCAGAGAACCCUGAGCUCAACAAGGCGCUGGUCCGGGUAAACAUCUUCAAGGAUCACCGCCAGACCGUCCAGUACAUCAGUCCUUCCGAUUGGCAGCACUUAGCACAGGCCGAGUUGUUGGUGGUUGACGAAGCUGCAGCCAUUCCGCUGCCGAUUGUGAAAAAGCUGCUCGGGCCUUACCUGGUCCUCCUGGCGUCCACGGUGAAUGGCUACGAAGGCACCGGCCGAGCCUUGUCCUUGAAGCUGAUCGAGGAUCUGAAAGCCGGGAAGGGCGUCGGCAGCGCCAAGAAAG